GGCGACGCCGGCAGACCGGGCCCGCCUGGUGUCGGCGGCGAGACCCGGGGCUCAUCCGAGCAGUGUCGGGUGCAGUGGCAGUGACCGCGCCGGUAUUGAUGUGGAGCAGCGACGGGCCGCUGGUCCUGCUGCCGGGGUCAGCAGCCAGUCGGUGAGGUGGACCUGUCGUGGUGACCACGCCGGGGUGUACCCCUGACCCCGGGUCAAACUGAGCCGGAUCCCAGCUGGCGAGGCGAACCUUGUCGAGACUGUACCUCUGACCCCGGGUCAGACUGAUCGGGAUCCCGCUGGUAGAGCGGGCCUCCCGUAUCGACGCUGUCGUGAACUGCUGACCUUGGGUCAAGCUGGAGGUGGUGUCAACCAUGCCGCCCGUGGAGCAAGCCGCCGCCGUGUACCACAACUCGGCCGGCGCGCUCUUCAGCUCCUGGGAGAAGGACCGGCUGCAGGCGAUCCAGCAGGAGGCGGUGGAGGCGCUGGUGGCGGACUACCUGCACCGGUUCUCGCAGAUCGCCGGGCCGCUCAUCAACUGCGCGCCGAUCCUCAACUGGUUCGAGCUCGACGGUCGCGGCCACCGGCUUCUGGUCGGAGACGACUCGGACAUCAACACGCCGGCCGUGGCCGCCGCGCUCGUCGGCAAGCGCUACGUGGCGCAGGCCAGCGACGAGAUCAGCCUGGAGGUGGGCGACAUGAUCUCCGUGAUCGACAUGGCGCCGCCGGACGAGUCGGCCUGGUGGCGCGGCAAGCGCGGCUUCGAGGUCGGCUUCUUCCCGUGCGAGUGCGUCCAGCUGAUCGGGGACCAGGCGCCGCCGCAGGUGGGGCCGCCGUCCGGCCGUCACCGGCGCGCCGCCACGCUCCAGCCCGGUCAGCCGGCGCUCAGCAGACAGGGCAAGCUCACCGCCUUUUUCAGGAGCUUCAUCCAGACGCGGCCGUCGCGGCGCCGCCUCAAGCAGUCGGGGAUCCUGCGUGAGCGCGUGUUCGGCUGCGACCUGGGCGAGCAUCUGUUCAACUCGGGACACGACAUCCCGGUGGUGCUGAAGAGCUGCGCCGAGUUCAUCGAGGCGCACGGCAUCGUGGACGGCAUCUACACGGCUCUCAGGCGUCACCGGCUCAGGUGCGUACCGCCCGUCACGUCCAACAUCCAGCAGCUCAGGAACACGUUCGACGAGGACCGGGUGCCAGACCUGACGGAGCCUAGCGUGCGCCAGGACAUCCACAGCGUCUCCUGCCUGCUGAAGCAGUACCUGCGCGAGCUGCCCAACCCGCUGCUCACCUACCAGCUGUACGACAAGUUCGUGGCCGCCGUUCAGAGCAGCGACGACCAGCGACUGCUGCGCAUGCGCGACGUGGUUCAGCAGCUGCCGCCGCCCCACUACAGGACGCUGGAGUACCUGGUCCGGCACCUGGCGCGGGUCUCCACCCACUCGCACAGCACCGGCAUGACGGCCAAAAACCUGGCCAUAGUCUGGGCACCAAACCUGGUGCGAAGCCAGGAGCUCGAGGCCGGCGGCGUGGCCGCGCUACAGGGUAUUGGGGUGCAGGCGGUGCUGGUAGAGUACCUGAUCCGGUACAGCGAGCUGAUCUUCAGCGACAAGCUGCCGGCCUUCGCUCCGGAUCAGCCGUCGCUGCCGCGCGCCACCAAGCGCUCGCGUCCGCGCUCACUGGCCAUCUCCACACCGACCAAGUUACUCAGCCUGGAGGAGGCCCGCGCGCGCGCGCUCGGCUCGCCCGCCAAGGCCGACCAGAACUACAUUGAAGUCGACAUCGCCGCGACGACGUCUCGACUACGAAUCUGACCUCCCUGUGAUAGCGUGCUCCCUGUUUCCUUGCAUUUCACCCUCGCCUGCCACCACCCAUUCCUCAUCAUCACUCAUCACACGGUCUUCGUCUCUGGGUCUCCCGUUUCGGUACGUUGGAGCUUACUGUCUGCUAAACGCUUACUAUCCAUAUCCCUCCGCUGCUGGGGCCACACGCGCUCCCUGCAUGCUCGUAGUGCCGGCUCCUGCAUUGGUCAAAUAGGCGCCAGUCUGACCGACAGCAGUCGAGGUCGUGUUUUGCUGACUUGUUAUCGGUACGGUGGGCGAUGAGGCCCUUGAUAUGUGGCUUUCCGCUCGCUUGCUGCUUUGUAAACCACUCUAAUUAUGAAAACGCUUUCGCCAAGUUUAAAGGACAUGCUGGUGUUUUAUUUGUUUACGCUUCCACGCUGUGCUUGGUUUGAGUAAAAGCUACAUGAACCAUAUGUAACCUUGCAACGUUAAUUUUCCGGUCUGUUGUGUUGAUGCUUCUGUUAUAAUGUCGAUGCAUACAUUCAUAUUGUUGCCAGCACCCGUCCUCAUACAUGCAUGGGUUUUGCAUAGCCAGACGUGUACAGGUUCGUUAUUCUGCCAUUUUUCUUCA